AUGCAGGCCCUGGAGUAUCUCUUCAAGUUCAUCGUCCAGUCUCGGAUCCUCUACUCUCGGGCCACCUGUGGGAUGGAGGAGGACCAGUUCCGCUCCAGCAUCCAGGAGCUCUUCCAGUCCAUCCGCUUCGUCCUCAGUCUGGACAGCCGCAACUCGGAGACGCUCAUCUUCACUCAGGCCGCCCUGCUCAACUCGUUCCCGGCCAUCUUCGACGAGCUGCUGCAGAUGUUCACGGUGCAGGAGGUGGCCGAGUUUGUCCGCGGGACUCUGGGCAGCAUGCCGUCCACGGUGCACAUCGGUCAGUCCAUGGACGUGGUGAAGCUGCAGUCCAUCGCCCGGACCGUGGACAGCAGGCUCUUCUCCUUCCCAGAGUCCAGGAGGAUCCUCCUUCCUGUGGUCCUGCAUCACAUCCAUCUACAUCUCCGGCAGCAGAAGGAGCUUCUCAUCUGCUCUGGAAUCCUCAGCUCCAUCUUCUCAAUCAUCAAGACCAGCUCACUGGACACGUCGGUGCAGGAGGAGGUGGAGAUGAUGGUGGAGUCCCUGCUGGACGUCCUCCUGCAGACGCUGCUGUCCAUCAUGAGCAAGAGCCAAUCGCAGGAGGCGGGAGAGUACGUGUCCUGCCUCCUGUCGCUGCUCCGCCAGAUGACCGACAUCCACUUCCAGCAUCUGAUGGAGAACUUCCAGAGCAAGGAGGAGGUGAAGGAGUUCCUGCUGAAGAUCCUGUGUGUGUUUAGAAACCUGAUGAAGCUCGGCAUCUUCCCCCGAGACUGGAACGUCAUGAGGCUCCUCACCAGCAACAUCAUCCUGACCACAGCUCAGUACCUCUCUCCAGCUCUGCACAAGAACUUCACAGAAGCUGACUUUGACUUUAAGGUGUGGAACUCCUACUUCAGUCUGGCGGUUCUUUACAUCAACCAGCCCAGUCUGCAGCUGGAGAACCUGAGUCCUGCCAAGAGGAAGAAGAUCUUAGACAAGUACGGUGACAUGAGAGUGAUGAUGACCUACGAGCUCUUCAGCAUGUGGCAGAACCUCGGGGAGAAUAAGAUCCACUUCAUCCCCGGGAUGAUCGGUCCGUUCCUGGGAGUGACGCUGGUCCCUCAGGUGGAGGUCCGGAACAUCAUGAUCCCCAUCUUCCACGACAUGAUGGACUGGGAGCAGCGUAAGAACGGGAACUUCAAACAGGUGGAGGCCGAGCUGAUCGACAAGCUGGACAGUCUGGUGUCGGAGGGGAAAGGAGACGAGAACUACAGGGAGCUCUUUGGUUUGCUAACCCAGCUGUUUGGGCCCUACCCCAGUUUGUUGGAGAAAAUCGAGCAGGAGACGUGGAGGGAAACGGGGAUCUCCUUUGUUACCUCCGUCACUCGACUGAUGGAGCGACUGCUGGAUUACAGGGACUGUAUGAAGGGAGAUGAGACGGAAAACAAGAAGAUUGGCUGCACAGUUAAUCUCCUGAAUUUCUACAAGUCAGAGAUCAACAAGGAGGAGAUGUACAUCCGCUACAUCCACAAGCUGUGUGACAUGCACCUGCAGGCCGAGAACUACACCGAGGCGGCCUUCACUCUGCUGCUGUACUGGGAGCUGCUGCACUGGGAUGAACGGCCCCUCAAAGAGUUCCUGCACUACCCCGCUCAGACCGAGUGGCAUCGGAAGGAGGGACUCUGCCGCAAAGUCAUCCACUACUUCAACAAGGGGAAGUGCUGGGAGUAUGGCAUUCCUCUGUGCAGGGAGCUGGCCUUCCAGUACGAAUCUCUGUACGACUACCAGAGCCUCAGCUGGAUCCGGAAAAUGGAGGCGGCGUAUUACGACAACAUCAUGGAGCAGCAGCGCCUGGAGCCGGAGUUCUUCAGGGUGGGGUUCUACGGCAGGAAGUUCCCCUUCUUCCUCAGGAACAAAGAGUUUGUCUGCCGUGGACAUGACUACGAGAGGCUGGAGGCCUUCCAGCAGAGGAUGCUGGGAGAAUUCCCACAAGCCAUCGCCAUGCAGCACCCCAACCAGCCAGACGAGGCCAUCCUGCAGUGUGACGCUCAGUACCUCCAGAUCUACGCCGUAACGCCGGUACCGGACAGCGUUGGCGUCCUCUCCAUGGACAGAGUUCCAGACCGCAUCAAGAGCUUCUACCGCGUCAACAACGUGCGGCGCUUCCGUUACGACAGACCCUUCCACAAAGGACCCAAAGACCGAGAAAAUGAGUUCAAGAGUCUGUGGAUAGAACGGACCACUCUGAUCCUCAGCCAUCCUCUGCCGGGGAUUUCACGCUGGUUUGAGGUGGAGAAGAGGGAGCUGGUGGAGGUGAGUCCGUUAGAAAACGCCAUCUCCGUGGUGGAGAACAAGAACCAGGAGCUGCGUACUCUGAUCAGCCAGUACCAACACAAGCAGCUGCAUGGAAACAUCAACCUGCUGAGCAUGACGCUGAACGGAGUGAUCGACGCCGCCGUCAACGGAGGCAUCGCCCGAUACCAGGAGGCUUUCUUUGAUAAGGAGUACAUCACCAGCCACCCUGAGGACACUGAGAAGAUCACACAGCUCAAAGACCUGAUGCAGGAGCAGGUCCACAUCCUGGGAGUCGGCCUGGCCGUGCAUGAGAAGCUGGUGCACCCAGAAAUGCGUCCCCUGCACAAGAAGCUGAUCGAUCAGUUCCAGAUGAUGAGGAGCAGCCUCUGCCAUGGUCUACCUGGACUGGAUAAAACCAACAGAGGAAUCCUCUCCUCACACAGCCCCAUGAGCCCCGAGAGCUUCAAGAUGAUGCACCGACACAGUCCUGUUGCUGUUCUGACUUUAGUCCGCAACUCCUCCUCCUCUCUCUCCUCUCAUAACUCCAGUGAGAUGGGAAACCUUCUGAUCCUGGCUGACGGCGUGGUGGUGGAACAUCCUGAGGACUUCUACCGCAUGCAGGCCAGUCCAUCCUCCUCCAGUCUUAGCUCCACCCACUCAGCACCACCUCAGAUGAUUAACUCCGCCCCCUCCACCAUCAGAGUCGGGUCACCGUCUCUGCCGGAUAAAUACCGACACAACAGAGAGAUGCUGAUGCUGCUGCCGCCUCAUCGAGAACGACCGAGCAGCGCCAUGUACAGCAACCUAUCAGAGAACGGACAGCCUCCAGCCUUCCAGCGGGCGUUGUUCCACCAGGUCAUCGGUCCCUGUAAACCCUGCAGUGACCCCAACCUGUCAGUGGCAGAGAAAGUCCUCACCACCCCCAGCAGCUGGAGUCUGGACAGCGGCACCAGAGAAGCUCUUCCCUUCCUGUCGUCUCACGUCGUCAUGGCGCCGCCGGUUCCUCCUCGCAACCUUCCUCACGGCCAACUCCUGUCGAUGCACUUUGAUGCUUUCCACCACCAGGACCUCCCUCCAGCUCUCCCCGCGCGCUCCUUAAGAAAGUCCCCCCUCCACCCUAUACCUGCCUCGCCCACCAGUCCUCAGUCCAUCCUGGAUGGCAGUAACUCCACCCUGUCCGGCAGCGCCAGCUCGGGAGUGUCCUCCCUCAGCGAGAGUAACUUUGGCGGUCCCCCGUCGUCCUCCGACCCCCCGGCCAGCCGCACCGACACCCUGGAGUGUCCCAGCAGCCAGGCCUGGACCACGGACCAGGAGGACCUGGACUCCCCCUACCAGCCCGUCAGGUACAGCGUCUCCGAGCCCGAGGUCCUGGAUGGGGUGAAGCCCCCGCCCAGCCGGAGCCACUCAGCCCCGGGAGGUGUGGCCCCGCCCCCCCCUGGAGUCCAGGUCCAGGCGGGGAACCCGUCCUCUGCUGGAGCUCCUCUGCUGCAGCAGGACGGACUGCCCCCCCCUCAGCACCACUUCUACCACCACCACUUCCACCCCCACUACCUGCCCCACCACCCGCCCCUCUACCAGCUCCACGAGCCCCCUCCUGCCCUGCCGCCCAAACCCUACCUCAGAGAGGGCUGCAUCCCCGAAGAGGAGCCCCUGAUUGGCCAGCCAGCCCCGCCGCCCCCCGCCCCCGGCCAAUGCCGCGCAAGAUCUCCCAGCCCAUCAUCACAGCCACCAAGGAGGAGCAGGCCAAGGUGGCGUGGGAGCACGGCAUCGGGGAGGAGUAGGGAGGACAUCAAACUCAGAGGAGGAGGAACAGGAGGAGGAGGAGCCAGACCAACGGAGAGAAGAAACACCAGAGAACAUCUGAUCUCUACGUUCUCCACCGUUAGUGUUCCGGUGAUCCGUCACUCUGAAGAUUCAUACAAGCAGCACUUUACAGAGCACUGAUCAGCAGCGUUUAUAGAAAUAUGAUGUAGAAGAUAAAAUUAUGGGAUGUGAGAAGAUAAAGGAGGAGAGAUGAACCACAGAGUAAAUAUUACCGGAUGUUUCCCUGAACGUUGGUUAAACUCCUGGAGCUGCUGGAAGGAUUUCUUUUAUGCAACAUCGCCGCCUGAUUGAAGCCGUUUCCAGCCGGCGGAGCUAAAAGUAUUUAUAUUUUACAGCCAACCUGUGUAGAUAAAUGUAAUACGCUCUAUAAAGGUAUAUAAAUCUCAUUUAUAUUUAAUCCUGGAAGGUUAAAGUGGAGCAGAAAUAUGCAAGUUAGAGGCUUCAGACUGCUGGUGAGGUUCUACUGAACGUUCUAUGGAGACCGUGAAGCUCUUUUCCCUACAGCUGGAUGACCUUUAUAAUAUUAACUCUUAUAAACACACACUUUUUUGCUGUUUUUUUAUGGAAAUAAUGAAGUGUAGGUUUUUAAAUCAGGUUUUCUACACAUGUUCAUUCAGACCACUGGGAGGAAACUGACGAGUUUCUAGUUUUAGAAGCCGUUAAAGCUCAGACGUUUCAUCUCUACGUGUGGAAAUGCUGUGAAGGUUUUGUGUUUUGUUGGUUUUUGUUUGUUUUAAUUGUGUUGUGCUUCCAGUAGGCAGCUCAGACAUCUCCUGCUUUCAGCUUCUCCUCCUCUCAUGUUUCCUUUUAGGACUCUCACCUCUGUUUAGUUUAGUUUCUGUUUCUAAUGUCUCUUAAAGAACUCAGUUAUUCCUCCAUUAGUUUCUGGAUUUCAGCUUCUUCAGAGGGAAUAUUUUCUGGUUUCUUUCUUCCACUGUGACAGGAAGCUGAAGAUCUUUGUUCAGAACACAUCUGUUGUUUGGGAAACACACAUUGAUCUUUGUUUUGCUCUUUUUACGCAUUCUAUUUAUUAGCAGCUUAUCAGUUAAUAAUCAGCACCGUAAAUAAACCUUCAAACCAAACUCUGCUGGUCAGCAGAUCCAAGCAUGUCCACCAGGUGGCGUCGUCACUGCGGCUGUAUAUCAGUCUGUGGAUGUCAUCAGGGCUGGACUCUGAUCAAACGUGUAAAGUUUGAGGCUGCACAGUGUUCAGGGCUGCUCAGUGGAGUAGUGGUUAGCACUGUCGCCUUGCAGCAAGAAGAUCCCCAGUUCAAAUCCCGGCCUGGGAUCUUUCUGCAUGGAGUUUGCAUGUUCUCUCUGUGCAUGCGUGGGUUUUCUCCGGGUACUCCGGCUUCCUCCCACAGUCCAAAAACAUGCUGAGGUUAAUUGGUUACUCUAAAUUGUCCGUAGGUGUGAAUGUGAGUGUGAUUGUGUGUCUGUAUAUGUAGCCCUGUGACAGACUGGUGACCUGUCCAGGGUGUCCCCUGCCUUCACCCGAGUCAGCUGGGAUAGACUCCAGCACCCCCCAUGACCCUAGUGAGGAUAAAGCGGUGGAUAGAGAAUGGAUGGAUGGAUGGAUGGAUGGAGCAUGUUCGGGGUAGAUUUGCAGCACUUCCUGUUUCAUGGUCAAACGUAGAAACUUUCUUCCAUUUCCACAUCUUCAAACUUCUACGGAGGAUUUUGACAACUUUUGAUCAUCCAUGCCUGAAGUACAUCCUGGACACAUUUCUGCUUUCUCAAAGUCACCCAGUUUGAGUUUAUAGUUUUUGAAAUUGUCCAAAAAUGACCCAGGAUAGUCCAACAUAUGACACAUAAUUCAAAAUGGCUGACUUCCUGUUGGGUUUUGGAUAUGGUUGUCAGGUAAAUUUUGUGUAUCGUGAUGAGUUACAUACGUGUACCAAAUUUCAUAUCUCUAAGGAACAUGUACUGGUCAUGGUUCCUGUUUGACAUUCUUUAGAUGGCGCCAUUGAGUUAUUUUGGCUCACACUUAUGCAGUUCCACUAAAAUAUCUAAUUUGGACGCAUCUUUAGACCUUCAAAAGUUUAACUCAACAAGCGAAUGAAGAAAGAAGAAGAACCCUUGGUAAACAUUUUAGUUUCCGUCCAGACAGAGAAGGUUCUGAAUGAAAUCUGGUUUUUAGCUCUGGUUUGGUCGCCUUCAGCAGGUCUUAGAAUCACGAUGAGUUUCUGUAGUUUAACAGAUGGCGACUCUAUGAAUUCAUCACAGUUAAAGGAAAUCUGAUGGUUUGUAGAAGCAGGAACUAAAUGAAUCCUGAUCAGCGUCAGUAGAGACACAAUCCAUUUAUCAGUCUGAGCAACUAUUUUAUGACGAUCAGUCUAAACUCUUUGGUUUCAGCUUCUUAUCUGUGAAUAUUUUCUGGUUUCUUUCCCCCAUGAUCGUAAACUGAAGGUCGCUUGAGGAAAACAGACAUUUCUCACCUUUUUCAGACAUUUUUUAUCGACCAAACAAGUUGAUCGAGAAAAUGAUUCGACGGUGAAAGUCGUCGUUAUUCAGUUCUGAGUGAUAAAAAAAGACAGAAAACUGUUUGGUGUCAAAAGUUCCAGCCAGCCUUCAUCACAUCAGAUGUAAAGGUGGAAUAGAACCAGACCUUCCACCUGCAGCUCUGUGGAAACAGAACAACCAUGAAAUGACAGAAAUCAGACAAAUUAAAGUUCAAUUUCUUUGAUUAUUUAACAGAAUUUGACAAAAUAUGUCCAACUUUUGUCCAACACAGAGGUUCCACAUCCUGCAGACGUUUAGCUAUUUAUGUCUCUGACCCAUCUCCAUAACGGACUCCUGGUGGCUCCGUUCAGACGACUGUUGGAGAACCUUCGUUUGUUUUGGAGGAUUUGUUCACUUCAGAGGAGUUAUUUGUGACGAAUGUUCCAGUGAUCCAAUAGAAAACAUAGUUCUGAUCAAAUACCACGGUUUCAGGCUUAGAUUGGGUUUCAUUCCCAACUGAAGUAGAUCAAUGGCCUGAAGAAUCUUUUGUCAUUUUGAGGGUUUUUAAUGAUGAGCUGAUGGCAGCAGACAAACUGACGUGUUGGAGGAGAAACUACAUGGUGUCCAGUUCUUCGUUUGUAAUGUUCAGUCUGAGAGCAGAGAAGCUAGAUUAACUAAACUGUUGAUGGUGACAGUUUGGAGGUGAAGGUCAGGAGAUGAUCUGAAUCUAAACCCACAGUCUGUGGUUGUGUUGGUGACGAGGAGGCUGAAGUCUGGACAGAGACCAGGACAGACCUUGUGUCCAUUAGAGUGUGAUCGUCUCAUACUUUGUGAUGUGUUUCUAACAGCAGAUUGUUUCAGGGCAGCUGACGGGACGUUUCUGAUUGUUUUGUGUAUUUUGCAUCGGAGAUAAAUCCAGACUCACGGUGAUGCUUUUCCUCUGUACCAUGAUGCUAAUGAGUAUUUCCUGUAUAUAAAAGUCUUUAUUGUGUUAGCAUGGGUAUAAACUGUGACGUGUAUGACGGUAGAUGUAAAUACUCACGCUUUUCCUACUCACUAAACAAACUGCUGUGUUGUGGAUUCAUGAUUAAUGACAAACAUUAAACAAGGAGGUUUUGUUGACUCA